GUUUAGUGUAGAAGGCUGUAUUAAUGACUACACCUUAGUAGUAGCAGUAGAAAAGAGGAAGAAUAAAGAAAUAGAAAGAGGAUAAAGUGAUAUUUUGUUUCGUCAACGAAUAUUACAGAAUUAAAACGUCAAUUGUGGUGGUAUGGUAUACUUUUACUCGCAUACACGUCCAAGAAUAUACAGUAAUACACGUAGAUACAAGUCGUGGAACAAUCAGCUGCAAAAAAUAAAUUUAUUUAUUAAACUCCGGCAUAUAUAAUAUUUAAAAUAUACGUAAUAUAUAUUACUACGUGCAACAAGGAUAUAAAUAUAUAUUUUCCUGAAUAUUAUCCGACUGGUGUAUGGGUUUGCGUCAUUUGUGAAUUGUAUCCUCAAGCUCUUGGAUGAGUUGGUAUGGUUUUAAAUGUGUGUGACGCAUCAACGAAAAAUUGCAAGCUGGCACCGUAGACCCACGUAAGAAAAGCUUUCUGUUCUCCAGGACUUGUUUUGCCGAGCGACAGUUUACUUGAAGAAUAACAAAUAAAUAAAUUUAUUUUUGGAGAUACGAGCGUUUUAUUAUUUAUAAUGAAUAAGACGUGUGCCCGGUGUGAAAAAACUGUGUAUCCCAUCGAGGAACUCAAGUGUCUGGAUAAGAUAUGGCACAAGCAGUGUUUCAAGUGCCAAGGAUGCAAUAUGACCCUCAAUAUGAGGACUUACAAGGGUUUCAACAAACAACCUUACUGCGAGGCGCAUAUACCAAAAGCCAAAGCGACAACAAUGGCUGAGACACCAGAACUGAAACGCAUCGCCGAGAACACAAAGAUCCAGAGUAAUGUUAAGUAUCACGCGGAAUUCGAGAAAGCCAAGGGUAAAUUUACACAGGUAGCCGACGACCCAGAGACGCUGAGGAUCAAACAGAAUAGUAAAAUAAUAUCUAACGUCGCGUAUCACGGGGACCUUCAAAAAAAAGCUAUUAUGGAGCAGAAGAGAACGAUGACCGGAGAAAAUGACGAACAAAUAGAGUAUGUAGAAUAUACAGACGGUUCAAUAGCACCUGCAAGCAGUGUUAUUAACGCUAACGCUAACGUUAAUGCUAACGCUAACAUUGCAAUGCCAGUGAGAACAGUAAGUCCUGUUCAAAAAACUCCCGGAAAAAUAGCUGACUAUGAUCCAAUAACUGAGGCUAGACCCAGUCCGUACUCGGCUAGACAAGCAGCUACUACUGUUAUUUAUACCAGUGAUAAGGGCGCAGUAACAAAUCCACCGACAAGAAAAAUAGGAUCUGUUGCUGACAUAGAUCCAGUCAAUGAGUAUUACGGAUCUUUAACGCCUGGUAUUAAUAAUAAUCAUGUUCCACAACAGCAACAGCCGCACCCGCCUCCGGUACAAGCUAAUACUUUGAGAGUUUAUCGCGCAUUGUACGAUUACGAAGCACAAGAUGUAGAUGAAGUGAGCUUCUGCGACGGUGACCUGAUUCUCAACUGCACGGCAAUCGACGAGGGCUGGAUGACGGGUCUUGUACAACGAACCGGACGUCACGGAAUGUUGCCAGCUAAUUAUGUUGAACCAGCCCAUAUUUAAUAUAUUAUUAUAAUAUUUAAUAAUAUUUUAUAUUAUCAAACAAUAGACAUUCACAACGAUUUGAUUUAUCCGACAAAUAUUGUCUUUGUAAACAUUGCGAUCGUUUAUUUACACUGAUUACUAUUAUUAAUGUGGAUUUAAUACGAGAAAGAUAAAAGAAACAAACAAAUACUAUAAAGAACACGAAUUAAUAAUUGUCAUUAUAUUGAGGGACCACAUAUAUAUUUUCUUAUAAAUGUGUACACUUUGUUGUUGCGUAAUAUUGAUAUAUGAUUCAGGAGAUUAUUAAUUAUUAAUUAAUAGUUGAUAGUUAAUUAUAAAAACAGUGCCUUUUAUAAAUUUUUAGAGCAUUUAUAUACUAUUAAAUCAUUCCGUAAUCUUCCAAUUGUUUCGACAAUCAUAAAUAUUAUUAUUAUAUUAAAUAAAAUAAAUUAGUUACUUUUUUUUUUCAAGAAUGUUGAGUUUUAAAUACAGAGUACUCAUUAUUGUUUAAAUAAUAUUUUUUCAUAAAUAUAAACGCCAUGAGUAUUUUACUGCUCAUUAGCCUGAAUGUUUAAAUGUUAAUUUUUAAAUAAUUGAAAAGUGUUAAAAAUUGCUAGAUUUUAAUACAGUUAUAACACGUAUUACAAUUUAUAUUUGAUAGAAAGCUUAGAACUAAAAUAAUAAUUAAUAUUACGGUCUAGACGAUUUGUAAAUUAAUAAAACCACGACAAUUGUCGGAUUUUGCCUUUUAAAUAAUAUUAGUAAUAAUUAAAAAAAAUAAUAAAUGAAUAUUUAAAAAAUAAAAAGUAUUUUUUGAUUAAUAUUUAA